AUGCUGGGGGAGCGCACGCUGCGGCUGCAGCACGGGAGCCGCAUCCAGGCGCUGUGCGUGCUGGGCACCCAGCUCGCCGUCGAUGUCCACGGGGCGGCCCCAGCCGGGGCGGUCACCUUCGGGGUGAAGCACACGGAGGGGGUGAGCGUGGAGGUGGUAGCGCGGGGCCGAGCCGAGGUGGGGUCAGCACCCAGCGGGACGCGGUGGUCGCUGGACGAGGGGAUGGUCCUGAGGUUCAGCAUGAGCCGGGCCAGCACCGAGGUCAACGAUAACAAGGUAAUCGUCAGCUUUUACGCAGAGGGAGGACAGCCCAUCGAUCAAGCUGGGGUCUUCCUCACCGGCAUCGGGCUCUCCCUGGAUGUCGAUGCGGAUCGGGAUGGCGUGGUGGAAAAGAACAAUCCCAACAAGGCCAGCUGGACAUGGGGACCCGAGGGACACGGGGCCAUCCUGCUGGUCAGCUGCGACAGGGAGAGCCCCUUGAGUCCCGCGCCAGACUGCGAUGACGAAAGGGUGUUCAGCAAAGAAGAUUUGCUGGAUAUGUCUCGGAUGGUGUUGAGGACUGAAGGACCACAGCAUCUGCCGCGGGGGUAUGAAAUCGUGCUCUACGUUCCCGUCUCUGAUGCCGACAAAGUUGGGGUCUUUCACGUGCAGAACCCCUUCUUCGGGCAGCGCUACGUCCACGUGCUGGGCCGGAGGAAGCUGUGCCACACCGUGCAGCACGCUGGCAGGGCCGCCGAGCUCAACUUCUUCGUCGAGGGGCUGCGCUUUCCUGAUGACUCCUUUCCCGGGCUGGUCUCCAUCCACGUCAGCCUCCUGGAGACCCUGUCUGAGGGCAUCCCCCACACGCCGAUUUUCACCGACACGGUGGUGUUCAGGGUGGCACCGUGGAUCAUGACCCCCAACACGCUGGCACCGGUGAACGUCUUCGUCUGCAGCAUGAAGGACAACUACCUCUUUGUCAAGGAGGUCAAGAACCUCGUCAACAAGGCCGGCUGCGACCUGAAGGUUUGCUUCGGCUAUAUCAACCGCGGGGACCGCUGGAUGCAGGAUGAGAUUGAGUUCGGCUACAGCCAGGCCCCCCACAAAAGUUUCCCGGUGGUGCUGGACUCUCCCCAGGACAGAGGGCUGGAGCAAUCCCCCAUCAAGGAGCUGCUGGGCCCUGAUUUUGGCUACGUGAGCAGAGAGCCUCUCUUUGAGGCCGUCUCCAGCCUCGACUCCUUUGGCAACCUGGAGGUCAGCCCUCCCGUCACUGUGGCAGGGAAGGAGUUCCCCCUGGGGAGGAUCCUCACCGGCAGCAGCUUCCCCACGCCCGCAGGGAGGAGGAUGACCAGAGUGGUGCGGGAUUUCCUCUUCGCCCAGCAAGUGCAGGCUCCCGUGGAGCUCUACUCCGACUGGCUGGCCACGGGCCACGUCAACGAGUUUGUCACUUUUGUGCCCAGCCCCGAUACAAAGAGAUUUCGGAUGCUAAUGGCCAGCCCCACGGCGUGCUACAAGCUCUUUCGGGAGAAGCAGAAGGAGGGCCAGGGCGAAGCCACCAUGUUCAAAGGGUAUUCGGGGAUGGACACGAAACGAGUGACCAUUAACAAGGUCCUUUCCAACAACAUUAUGGUGCAGCAGAAUCAGUACGUUCAGCGCUGCAUCGACUGGAACAGGGACAUCCUCAAGAAGGAGCUGGGCUUGACAGAGGAGGACAUCAUCGACCUGCCAGCGCUCUUCAAGCUUGACAAGCAAGGCAAGGCCAUGCCAUACUUCCCCAACAUGGUCCCCAUGCUCAUCCUGGCAAAGGACCUGGGCAUCCCCAAGCCCUUCGGCCCAGUGGUGGGUGGUGAAUGCUGCCUGGAGCACCAUGUCCGCAGCCUCCUGGAGCCAUUGGGUCUGCGGUGCCACUUCCUCGAGGACGUCGCCUCCUACCACGGGAGGCUUGGGGAGGUGCGCUGCGGCACCAACGUCCAACGCCGGCCCUUUGCCUUCUGCUGGUGGCAUGUCACACCGUAG